AGAAGAAGGUAAACGUCGCAAGUUGUUUGGCCCACCGAUUGUCGAAUACGUUUGUUGUGCUCUAUUCGUCGAAAAGUUUAGUUUAUUUUAUAAAAUAAGUCGCUGCAAUGCUUGACCUUAAAAACUUGGGCACCGUAGACCUGUAUGGUCUGUUGGGUAUAUUGAUCACUGCUACAGACGCUGAUAUUCGAAAGGCCUAUCGAAAGAAGGCGUUAGAAUGCCAUCCAGACAAAAAUCCGGACAAUCCCAAAGCAGCCGAACUCUUUCACGAUCUAUCGAAAGCAUUGGAAAUCCUAUCAGAUGAAUCAGCCCGUGCCGCAUACAACCGGGUAAUUGAAGCGAAAAAGGCGGCCGAAUUGCGAAAUCAACAGUUGGACAGUAAGCGACAAAAACUGAAGGCUGACUUGGAGGAGCGUGAACGUCAGGCCAAUUUGAAUCAAGCCAGACGACAGACCUAUUCAACCGUUGCCAAAUCACCGGAAGAUGCACUCAGAGACGAAAUUGAACGAUUGCGGAAGGAAGGAUUCAAAUUGUUGCAGGAAGAACAAGAAUUGAUGCAGAAACAGUUGCAGGAAGAACGGGUAAAAAUGAACAGCAAGUGGGACUCGGCACAGCAUCGCAUCAAAAUCAAAUGGUCGGCAUCGAAGGGCGACACAUCGAACGGCGGAUACACCAAAGAGUUGCUCGAGAAAUUCCUUCACAAAUACGGCGACAUUGUGGUGUUGGUCAUGUCGCCGAAAAAGAACGGCAGUGCGCUGGUGGAAUUCAAAACGCAGGACGCUGCCGAGAUGGCAGUUUCGUAUGAAAAGGGACGAAUGGAAAAUCCGUUGACAUUGGAGUGGGUUGGUGAUCCUCCGAAGAGCCGCAACAAUCCGAGUGGAUCGAGCACAAUAUCGGACAGUGAUUAUGAAAGCUUAGUGUUAAGGCAAAUGCGACAGGCAGAGGAACGGAAACGAUUAAUUGAAGAAAUGUUAAAGGAAGAUCGGGAUGAGAGCUGAGAUUAAAUCUGGUUGUUUGUGUAAGUC